AUGUUUGCUAGGAUGGUACGAACGAAAGCUUUGCAUGUUUUCACCGCAAUCGAAGGAGAUUACCGCGCAAACAGCGUCAACAAGAAUGCUCCAAUCGACAGCUGGACAAGAGGAAUGCGCCGUCGUCUCCUGUUGAAAUCGGCCUUCGAAUCACUUCAGCAAAUACCUCCACUCGAAAGGGAAGUCGGCUCAAGAAUGAUGUAUGCCUUAAGGAAAGAUUGA